AUGCCGUUCAAGCAGACCCGCCACUUGCUCACUAUCUCUGCCCUCUGCCCCAAGGAGCUUGCGUACCUUAUCGACCGUGCGCUCGACAUGAAGAAGAACCCCGCGAAGUACACUGCGCGUGCGGCCAACAAGACCCUGCUCGCCUUCUUCGCCAAGCCGUCACUCCGCACACGCGUCUCCUUGGAGACAGCCAUGACGCGCCUUGGCGGGCACGCGAUCUACUACGAGCUCGGCGCAAACUCCAACGUUGGCGGCAAGGAGACCGUCCAGGACACCGCUGAGGUCUUCUCGCGCAUGGUGGACAUCUGCACAGCCCGCCUGGCCACCAAGGAGAUGAUGAGGGAGAUGGCCCAGCACGCUUCUGUGCCCUGCAUCAACGCCCUUGACGACUUCGGCCACCCGCUCCAGAUGGUCUGCGACUUCAUGACCAUCAAGGAGAAGUUCACGGCGGCAGGCGAGUUCUCCAACGGCUUCAAGGGCAUAAAGUUUGCAUACUGCGGGGACUCCAUGAACAACGUCACAUACGACCUCAUGCGUGGCUGCGCCCUGCUUGGCAUGGAGUGCCACGUUUGCUGCCCUGACCACAAGGACUUCAAGCCCAUCAAGGAAGUCAUCGAUGAGUGCGAGGAGAUCAUCGCAAAGCACGGCACCGGCGGCUCCAUUAAAAUCUUCCAUGACUGCAAGAAGGGGUGCGAGGGCGUCGACGUCGUCUACACAGACUCGUGGAUGAGCUACCACAUCACCAAGGAGCAGAAGGAGGCCCGCCUCAAGGUUCUCACGCCGUUCCAGGUCGACGAUGCCGUCAUGGCCGUCACCUCCAAGCGCAGCAUCUUCAUGAACUGCCUUCCAGCGACCCGCGGUGAGGAGCAGACGGCGUCUGUCAUUGACGGGCCCAAGUCCGUCUGCUACGACGAGGCCGGGAAUCGCCUGCACUCGGCUAUGGCGGUCCUCGACUUCUUCUUGCAUGACUGCAAGAUGGAGUGA